AUGAAAGUACUGCUGACUGUGUUGCUUCUGUUGCAUGCCAACGCGGCAUUCAAACCGCCUACGAUCGACGUUGAGGACCAUCAGGUUCAAGAACAUGGAAGUAUCGGAAGAUUUGUCGAGUUGGAAGAGCAUGAUGACCUUGUCUUGAAGUGUGCCGGCAGAUUUGGUUCGUUUGAAUUGUGUGACAUUAGUCAGUAAAUGGCUUUUUUCAGAUGACCUUAAGUUCGCAUUUCCCAAAAUGGAUGAGCAUGUUGGAUAUAACGAGGAAGACUUCCAGAAUCGAAUUGAAGAGUACGUCGACGAAGGGUUCGGAGACACCAUUCUGACUAUCAAAGACGUUCGGGAGUCUGACACAGGAACCUACUCGUGCGUUUCUGAGGAACACGCUUCUCUAAACGAUACCAUCCAUGUCUUUGUACAUGGCUCAAAAAUUUUUCUUCCACUAAAAUCGGUCGCCUACAUUUACAACGAAGGCGAAGUGAUGGUCCCUUGCAAAACUACCAAAUUCAUUGAUAAGAGUGAUAUUGAGCUUUUUGCCAACGACGGGCUCAUCAAAUCAGCUUCCAAAAAUUACGAUCAACGGUGAGUCAUCUAAUCUUGAACAUGUAAUGCAAAGACGUUUUUUUUUCAGUUAUGGCUACAAGCUUAUCAAAAAGAUGAACGACGCAAAACCGAUUGAAAAUGUUCGAUUCGAAUGCAGAUUCAGAAAGGACCCGUCACAAGAAGUUGACUUUUUGAUCUCUGAAACAUCAGUGGAUGACGAUGAAGGAGAUUUCAAAUUUUUUUGGGAAAAGGUAAAUCGUUUUAAUUCAUUUCAACCUCUUAAAACAUUUUCAGGGAACGGACUGGCCACAUGUUGGAUACAACUACACGAUCACCUGUCACUUAACGUAUUCCGGACCUUCAAAAAACUUUGGUUCGUUUCAACAUACACUGCAUGUGGAUUGUCCGCAAUGCUCUCAAGAUAUUGGUGUAAGUCAUUGGAAAUAUAAUCUUUUUUGCAAAGACGUGGAACUUACAGAGCCAUGCCUUUGCGGAUCGUCACCGUUUGAGCGGAACUCGAAUUUCUGCAACCAUUCGGAUUUCAAACCUGACACUGGCCGACUCAGGACCAUACAAAUGUGUCUGGCAACCAGAGUACAAAGAAAAGAAGGAAAUUGUGGAGACAAUCGACGUCGCACCGAACAAAGCUCAAAUCAAGAUUCUGGAAAGAAGUCCGCAGAUUCUGCGUAUGAAAGAAGGUCAUCCCAUUUCUCUCUCGGCUCAAUUCGCCGUGUACCCACUGGACGGAGACAACUACAAAGCUGUCUGGGGUCGAUUGUAUAAUUCUUCAAUCAAAGAAGGCCUUCAAAGCGAAACAAUCAGCAAUGACAAACAUCGAACGAUUGUGACAAGUGAUUCCGGAAAAGGAGCAUUUUCUGAGAAAUUGGACAUUUCUGGAGAUUCGGUGAAAACUGAUAUGAGUGGAACGUAAGUCAAUUGAGACAAAUCAUCUCCUAUUUCACAAUCCUCAUUAUUAAGAUACGUCUUGACCAUCUCACAUCUGGGCACUGUGCAAGUGAUUCAAUGGGAGGUGGCAAUUGAAAACACUGAGCCAGUCGUCCUAAUUACCAUCCGAGAACCGUCUUCAUUCAUUCUUUUUAACCAGUCUUUUUAUCCUUCGAACUACCAUCUGCAUGUGGAUUGUGUCUCGAUUUCGAUACCACCAACUGAGGUCUUUUUCGAGAAAAGAUCUGACCGCAAUUCAGAGUUCCAUCCAAUUGACUCGAAUCAGUUGACUCAAGUCGGAGGAACGUAUGAGAAUGGAUACAUUUAUAAUCUGACACUUGAAAACAAUAUCGAACUGAAAUGUUCCAGUCAACGACAUGGAAAGGUAGAGGAAACUGUUUGCUUGACUCCCCAGUUGUGUGUAUCAUUUAUUCUUCAGAAUUUCACCACAACAAAGAUGAUUAUUGUGGCCGAUGGGCAACCAACUGCUUCUUCUUUCGUGAACAAGAGUAGCUCAGCGACAGAGUCGGAAAAGAACUUGAAAGGACUGUUCGAAGGUGAUGACGUCACGCUUGUCUGUACAGUUCCGAAUGGGGCAACCGAUUUGGACGUGUCCUGGCGUCUCGACGACAAAGUUCUCAUGUCUGAAGUUCGCGAUGAUCCAAAUUCAAAUCAUUCGAAACAUUAUGUUCUACAUUUGAAGUGAGGUUUUGUAAAAUGUCAGUAGUUAAUUUCGAUUCUUGCAGAGACGUCACUUAUCAAUCGAGUGGAACUUACAAAUGCUACGUUCAAAGUAAAAGCACAAAAGGUGGAAAGCCGGAGAUUCUGGAGAAACACGUAAUUGUGGAGAAAACGGAGAAGCCAUACCACACAAGAGCUGAAUCCAUGACGUCCAUCAAGGUCCAUUACGAUAAGAAUUUUGAGUUGGACUGCAACUUGGCCGGAAAUCCGCCGCCAGUCUACCAAUGGUACAAGGACGGAAGGCCAUACACCCAUGGAGAUGUGGAUGGAACAGUGCUGCGAGUGACGAGGGCUCGUGCCGAAGAUGAAGGACAAUUUCAUUGUCUGGCGACUAACAGAGCUGGAUCCACUGACAACUUCUUCAGAGUGCACGUGAAAGGCGCUCCAAAAGGAUCGUGGCUCCCGGCUUGGCCCACUGCUUUCGCUAUUCUUCUUUUCCUCGGAAUCAGUAUUAUUCUUGGCUACAAGCUUUACGGCUCGAAAAAGAUAUCCAAGCAAAAGGACAUGUGAGUUGACUAAAUCUAUAAAUACUUCAUCUGUUAAUAUCCCUUUUCAGUGCUCUUUCGGAAUUACACGAAGCCCUCGUCCGCACUCACAACGGACCACUUCCUGAAGACAUGAAGGAUCAGCCAAUCGAUCAGCUUGUUUAUUACCUUCCGUACAACACUGAAUUCGAAAUCGCUGGCGAGAACCUGGAAAUCCUCGACGUGCUCGGUACCGGAAACUUUGGAAUUGUUCGAAAAGGUCUUCUGUCGAUGGCUGAUCCGAAAAGUCAGAUUGAGUACAAGACUAAACUUCCAGUCGCUGUCAAAAGUAACCACUUUUUGUCUUAAUUUCAUCCAAUUUUGUGUUUCAUUUUCAGUGUCUGCCAAUCGAUACGACAUUGCCCAGCAGAAAAUGCUUGCCGACGAGCUGAAAGUGAUGUGUGCGAUCGGAAGACAUCCAAAUGUUCUGUCUCUUGUGGGAGCAGUUACUAGGAGCAUGAGGAAGUAAGAUAUUAUAAAAAUCUACUGCGCAUUCCUUUUCAUUUUUCAGAGGACAACUGUUUAUUGUCACCGAACUGGUGGAAUGCGGAAACCUUUGUCAUUAUCUGACUGAACGCAGAAGUAUCUUCAAAAACGAACUAGUGGAAGACGAUGACGCGGACGAGGAGCCGCCGGUCGAUGAGAGCUACAUGGUGCCAAACAGUGCAAAAAAGAAGAAGUACACGUUCAAUAAGAACGGGGAAAGACAAAGUCUUCUCGGCGAAAACAAAGACACCUUGUGCAGCUCGGAUCUCAUCUCAUUCAGCAUGCAAAUUGCGAACGGAAUGGAGUAUCUGGCCACGGUUCCGGUGAGGAAAUACUCGAUUGUCAAUAAUAUUGUAUAAUAUUCAGUGUGUACAUCGUGAUUUGGCCUGCCGUAACAUUUUGCUGACAAAAUCCAAAAUCGUUCGCAUCGGUGAUUUUGGGUUGGCCAAGAAAUACGAAGACAAGCAGUAUUACAGGUAAGAAAAUCGAGAUUUUUGACAGAUAUCACUGCAAAGCCACGUUUUCAGAACAAAAAACAGCAAGGACACUCCGGUUCCAAUCCGCUGGAUGCCAUUGGAGUCGAUUCUGAACCAAAAGUUCACGGAGAAGUCGGACGUAUGGUCAUUCGGAAUCUGUCUCUACGAGAUUUUCACUCUGGGCGGCCUGCCUUACCCGGGUAUUGAAAGUACAAAAAUUGUCGACUAUGUCAAGCAGGGAAAUAUUAAUUCCCAACCUGAAUAUUGUCACGAUGAAAUGUAAGUUUACAGUGUAUUCGCUGACAGUCAUCCCAUAAUAUGCAAAUUUUCAGCUACAAACUGAUGAAAAUGUGCUGGUACCGGUCUUCGGCAGAACGUCCAACCUUUUCCGAGUGUGUCCAAUUCUUCAAACGGCACAUGAUUAUCUCCGCCAACAGGGUAAUACAAUAUUUCCGAUUUUAGUGUGUAUGUGUUGAUUUUUUUCAGCUUCUCGAGCACGUGGAUGAUAUGCUCCGUUUGGAGAAGCAACACCAGGCUGAGCUGGAAGACUGGAUCCGCCCGUCUCGCCCCGAUAUUCCGGGUAGCGCUUUCCAGAAACCGGCUAAGAAACCGCAAGACCAAAGAUAUCUCGUUGUGGAUGCGCACGAAUAG